AGAACCUUUUGUGUGUUGCUACACGAUUAAAGCGAGGAAAUACUUGGUUGUGAAAGGGAGUAAAUUAUACAAUCUCUAUGGGUUAACCUUUGCUGUCAAAGUGUGAAAUGGAAUUGUUUUGAAAUAGCGAAAUAAUUGAAAACGCAAAGAAAGAAGGUUUCGGUGAAACAGAGAGAAACGAGAAAGAAGCAAGGAGGGACAGCAUUGAUUGAAAGAUUAUUUAAUUUGACAGAGAAGCGAGAAAUUUGAAGCGAGUUUGCGAGGAAUUGGAAGAGAAGCGAAGUGAAUUGUGUUGAUUGCAAAAUGAAUUAUGGAAAGAAAUCUCCGAGUAUGGGUACGCCAUCGGUAUACUCGCACGUUACAACGCGUAGCAGUGCAAAUUUAAAGUCUUCGCGAUCGAUGCGUAGCGUGAAAACACCUUGGUAUCAAAAACCGAUUUUAACGCACGCCUACUUACUCGAUAUUCAAAGGGGCGCUAUGUUGACAGCAGUAUUUUCACUGUGUUUAGCCAUUUUUACCAUUUGUACCUCGAUAUUUGACCUCUACUGUCUUUCCCAAGCUGCACCAGGUUCAACUCAUUACGGUUAUUACAUAAUAUCCUAUGAAUUUGUUUACGUGGGUAAUCAACACGUUCGUAACGCUCUUGUUGUCUUUGCCUUGUUCUCUAUGCUUGGUGGAAUAACAGUGUUUGCCUCGUCCCUGAUGUUAAUAGUUGCUCUGCGAAAGGAAUACGAAAGAAAGAUGGUGCCAUGGCUAUACAGUUUUGCUGCUUUUACAGUUUUCAGAUUGUUUGCUUUUGUAUUCUCUAGUACAGUAAACGACAUGAUAUUUGGUUAUAACAUUGCAAUGUGCAUUUUAUGGAUGAUAUUUGUAUGUUUUUCCAUUUAUGGAUGGUUAAUCGUGUAUUCUUUGUACGUGGAAUUGUGCGACCUUACGAGGCUAGAAGAUUUGGCUCAUUUAAGAAUUGGUACCAUGCAAUCGCUAAAUGCAUCUACUACACAUUCUAUCGCUGGUUCUCGGCCGACAACACCACAUAGCGCGGUGUCGACGAUGCCUGCGAAUUAAAGCUCGACAGCAUAUAAAGAACUUUUGAAUUCCGCUACCGUGUCGUGAACACAUGGGUAGCGAAGAACUAUCCAAAUAAUUUGAUCAUCGUGUUAAAAUAGAGGAGACACAAGGGAGUGUACGACGUAGAUGUAUACACGGUGU